UCUAUGAACCGAUUUUUUAAUUUCUGACAGUCGGUUACUGCUUCUAUACGGAGCGUAUUGUGUCGUUUGGAUGAAUUUGUGCAUCGUAUAGAUUCUUGGUGUUUUUUCAAAUGUUGUGACUUACAUCAAUGCUGAAUUGUUAAUUUGUUUACCUUAUGUCUAUGUGGUAUGUUCUUGUGUACUUUGGAUAACAUUUUAGUGUUACAAACAUGGUGUGCUAAGCAAGAUCCUUGCUUUUACUCAUAAGUUUACCGGCUGACUUGUUGUGAUGUCUGGAGUGCUGUGGGAUGAUCAGUGAGGGGAAAUGAUGUGUGAGUGAUGUGACGUAUAUCGAUAGUCGAUAUGGCGACCAUGGAUUUGACCAACGAGGUGGUCCGCCUGCGGGCUGAACUGGAAAAGGUCUCAACUGAGCGGGACAUGCUGCUAUGCGAAGUCUCCAACUUAAGGAGGGAAUUAGAGCUCAGCGAACUCAAGAAUCUGCAGGAUGACAGCUUCUCCCAAAAGGUGGAUGAAGAAGAAGGCGGUGGCGGAGUACCCUUACAUCCACCAGACGGAUUCUACUCUCACCAGCACAGUAUACACAGCGGACAUCAUGGGCACCACGUGGAACCAGACCGGGGUUAUAUGGAGGGGAACAGAUAUGUUACAGCUGUUCACCGACCGCUGCCAGCUCUAAACCACUCGAACUCGUCAUGCUCUUCAGCAUCGAACGCAUCAGGCGCCGGGCUGUGCGCGGGAACCGAACCCACACCGCCGCUGUACAUCGCCGCCCCGCCAGAGGGAUUCGGGCAUGCUGUGCAUACAAACAGGCGAGGCACAGACGUGGGAAUCAUUGGCACAACUGGAAUAACACAAAAAGAUCCAACAUUACCCCAAAAAAGGGGUAAACUGACACGAGGUCGAUAUGAAAUGUCCCAAGAUCUACUGGACAAGCAAGUAGAGAUAUUAGAGCGACGCUACGGUGGACUCAGAGCUAGAAGAGCAGCCGUCACUAUUCAAAGAGCGUUUAGAAGAAGACAGUUGUUGAAAAAGUUCAGCGCUAUCACCGCUAUGGCUAAAGCAGCCGAUUCUAACGCCAGGAGAAUGCAAGAUGGAGAACAUUUGCUGGUCAACGGUAACGAUAUCUACGCGAACGCUCACACACAGAAAAGUCCAGCCUCCGAUAAGGUUUUGGCCUUAACGAGACCCGUCAGAUCAAUGUCGCUGAGAGAGAGACACGACAUCGACCUAAACAACCACAUGCCGUGUGAUCCUCAGAACGAGGUGGAGAUGAUGAUGGCGAGGGUGCAGCAAUCAGCUCAUCAGAUACACAUGAUAGCAUCUGAGAUACCAACCAUGCAUAGAGACGCCGACAGCGGGGUUUGCAGUUGUUCUGUGAGCGGUUCCGUCACCAAUAUAUCCACUUCAUCAUCACACAAUGAUUCUCUUCAUAAUCACCAGCUGCUAAAUAACACAGGGCCAGUUUACGGUAACUUGUUAUCGUCCGGCGGCAAACCACUGUCGUCCCCGACCGCGCGGCAACAGCAACAACUAGCAGCAAUACAAGCAGCUAACGCCAGGCGACACCCGCCAGAAGUGCCGAAACGUACCAGCAGCAUUACACUCAAUGCUGAGAGUCCGGUAUCUCUUCGCCGUGCUGAGUGCGGGGGCGCGGUGGUACGCGGCGGGUCGAUGUCUUCCGUACAAUCGUCGUCGUCGUCUUCGUCCCAGGAACAUCGUCACCACUACCACCAGCCUUAUCAGCCGAGAGCACCGGAGCCGCACAUGCAUAUUCAGGAGCAGCAGUUUCAGCACGCUCGCACGGCAUCCGGGACGCUGUAUGAAGGGGAGAGAUAUGCUAUUUGGAAGAGACAGGAAGCCCCGCCGUACUAUGAGGCGCCCCCACCAGCUACAUGCUGCAGGCCACAGCACGACCAUCACCAGCACACACACCAACAACCGUUGAAGGUGUCGGAAACAGUACGUAAGCGGCAGUACCGAGUGGGUUUGAACUUGUUUAACAAGAAGCCAGAGCGCGGUAUCGCCUACCUGAUAUCUCGCGGGUUUUUGGAGAACUCCCCACGAGGCGUCGCCAGAUUUCUCAUCACCAGGAAGGGGCUCAGUAAACAGAUGAUCGGUGAAUACCUCGGCAACCUUCAGAGUCAAUUUAAUAUGGCUGUGUUAGAGUGUUUUGUUACCGAAUUGGAUUUAUCUGGUAUGGCGGUGGACGUUGCUUUGCGAAGAUACCAGGCUCAUUUCCGUCUCCCCGGGGAGGCUCAGAAGAUCGAACGACUGGUCGAAGCCUUCGCUAGAAGAUACUGUGUAUGCAACCCGGACUUUGUGCAGCGAUUGAGAACUCAGGACACGAUUUUCGUGCUAGCUUUCGCCAUAAUAAUGUUGAACACGGAUCUGCACACACCAAAUCUAAAACCAGAGGCUCGUAUGUCGCUGGACGACUUUGUAAGGAACCUCCGCGGCAUAGACGACUGCGGAGACAUAGACCGAGAUAUGCUGGCCGGGAUAUAUGAUCGAGUGAAGGCCAGCGAAUUUAGACCCGGCAGUGAUCACGUCACACAGGUAAUGAAAGUACAAGCGACCAUAGUCGGUAAAAAGCCCCACUUGGCUUUGCCUCACCGCCGUUUGGUCUGCUACUGCCGUCUGUAUGAAAUACCAGACAUACACAAGAAGGAACGACCGGGGGUACAUCAGAGAGAGGUGUUCCUGUUCAACGAUCUGUUGGUGAUAACUAAGAUCUUCAGCAAGAAGAAGUCGUCCGUGACCUACACGUUCCGCCAGUCGUUCCCUCUUUGUGGCAUGAUCGUCAAUCUGUUCUCUGUGCCGCACUAUCCAUUCGGUAUCCGUCUAUCCCGCCGUGUGGACGGCCGCCGUCUCGCCACCUUCAACGCCAGGAACGAGCAUGAUAGAUGCAAGUUCGCCGAAGAUCUGAGGGAGAGUGUGGCUGAGAUGGACGAGAUGGAGGCGAUGAGGAUCGAGGGGGAACUGAACAGGGGCAAGGGGAGGGGGACGGGGAACACCGGCAGGAAUGUGAUGGAGAAUCGUGACAGCGGCGUGGCUGAUGUGGAAAUAGACCACCAACAGUGUAUGGAACACGUUCACGUGCACGGCGUGGUGGUACCCCCGCCCCCGUCGUGUCCAGCGCCCGCCGCCCCCUCCCGCCUCUCACAAAACCCACCCCCCACCAACAUCAUCAAAAGGAACGUUCUCAGCAACUCGCUGGUCGAUAUCAACGACCCAGUGGCGCUGGCGGCUGAGCGUCUUCAGCGUCGCGGGUCUGUGGGGUCUCUGGACAGUGGUAUGUCGGUUUCUUUCCAACACGGGAGUAGAACAGCACUCGCCACAUCCCCCCGACAUCCGCCGGACCAACGAUCGCCGGGUCGCCUCUUCGGCGGUAUAUUCCCCGGUCGUCAACGCAAACUGAGCGCUUCCGGUGUGCCAGACACGAAGGGUCAAAUCGCCAAAAGCACUGAGGUGUAAACAUUGACGGAAUCGAUUCUUAUAUCGAUAUUAUUAUUCGAGUCGUUCGGUUUUGAAAUAACUGUUCGGCCACACCGCUUCUUCCUGCAGUCGGUUAGGGAUUCGAUUAUCUGAUUUUUUUAUGUGCUCAGAUACGUCUUUUUAUAUUUGCCAGUUUUAAAUUUUUCUAAGUGCCAUCUUACUUAAUUCCCAAACCCUGAAUCGAGAUUUAUUGUCUAGUUGAGAGUUGAUUUAUAGUUUUCACAUAUUAGAUAUUAUUUUCGUUAGCGCAAAUUUCAGGAUAGUGUCAGGGUACAGGCUGACUGUCGUGCCAAGGACGAGAAUUAAUAUUCCCUAAAAACUAUUUAUCUUUCAAAGUUGCUCUCGUAAUGUAUAUGGUAUGUUUUGACAGCGAACACGUUCGCGGUCAACCGACGGCUGAUGACAGCUAAACGGACGGUUAGAUUUAAAUUGUUGACAAAAAAAAAAAGUUUUAAAAUUAGUAGUUUUGCAUGUUACCAGCCUCGAAGUAUUAUACUUUACGAAACAUAUUUUUUUUAGAAUAGUUGUAAAUACGUUGGUUCUAGACGCAAUAGGUUGUUGGAGACACAGUAUUUUUGAAUUCCAUUCGGCACUUAUAUGUAAUGCAUUGAAUUAUGAAAAAAAAAAAUAUACGAAUUUAUUCAUAUUUAAAUGUUAUAUGAAUUCUCGAAUAGACGUUCGUUUCUUUGUUAUCUUUAGGGGUAUCUAUAGACCCUGGUGACGUCAUUGCUGUCCAUAGACCUAAUACCAAAUAGAGAUCUUGUCCAUAUUAUAUAACAGAAUAAAUUAUAUAUUGUCCUAUUUAUACAUUUUUUUGUCUGUAACGUCUCGUAUUUGACAAUAAGCGUCCUAAAUGUAAUAUUUUUUUCAAAUUUUAAUUGCUAUAUUAUAAUAUUUAAUAGCUUUGUUACUUUUCUAUUUCGACCGUUCCCGAGACUCGACUAACGUUAAUCUAUCGCCUAAGUUACCACGAACUUUGAUAUUACCAAUUUACCUAAAAAUGUAUACGUUUAACCCUAAACUCGUAACAUCCGCGAUUUUAUUCUUAAUUUACUCCUAUAUUAUGUUUCACAUAGAAGCAUUUCCCCUUUUACUUAUUCCUAGAAAGUUAUUUAGGAUAUCCGGUAUAUAUAUAAAUGUUGUAACAUUUGAGGAGGGGUGGGGGUAACCUGGAAUUUGAAUAACUAAAUGGUCUGAUUAGAGAGAAUGACCAAUAUUUGUAUAAUCACUUUUAACAUUUUCUAAAUUGGUUAUAAUAUUGAGGCGAGAUUUCGAGCAUUAAAUCCGAGGAGAUAUAAUAAUUAUUUAUUUAGUUAUAAUUCUGUCUCUUUCAUUUUUGGUCGCAAUAGAUAGAGAUGGAUUAUAAUGCUCCUAACUCGUCUAGCGUUUUAAUGUUGACGAUUACGUAGUCUUGUUGUUUCUACUGUUUGUAUGUGGGUAGAUAGACAAAUAAUUGACUUGUUAACAUGGAUUUUGGACUUAAUUAGAGGGGGGUAAAGGUGAUUCUUGCAUGUACGGUUCUUUAAAUAAGGUUAACGGUGAACUGUUUCGAAUAUAAAUAUUAUUUGAUUUAUUCAUAGUAAUGAACAUAAAAUAAUAUUCUGAUUUUUCCAUAUAAUAUAUAUAUUUUAUGUCACGUAAGCGUCGGAAAUUUAAAAUCUGUCCAAUUUAGUUGAGUGUGUUGAAUCUCAGUUAUGAUAUAGAAGUUCUGUCAUCCGCGAUGAUUAUUUUAUUAGUUUCCAUAUAUUUUUCUCUAUUUAACUUGCGACCGUCUGCGGCUGAUUUAACAGAUUUAAUGAUUCUAAAUUAAUAUUAAUAAAAUGGAAUUGAUCGAUCGUUUGGUCGUUGGAUUUUGAUCUUUAAUGUACUGUAAUAAGACGUAAAAUUGUAAUCGUGAUGCGUAUUUCAAGCGGAAUGCGUUUAAAAAAAAAGAAAUUUUUUAUUUUUUUUCGGUAGAUUAUUUCGUCCUCGAUGUAAAAUAUAUGGCAUUAAACAUACAACAUAUUUUAAUACCAUAAAAUUUAUAUUUCGGAUAGAGAUCUAAGGAUUGUGUGAUGUAUGCUUUUGUAAAUUUCGCUUGAAGCCAAAGAUGUAUUUUUUGUGUUCACUAUUCCACGGGACGUGUGUUGUGUUGACCGUUUUGUUUGAUAUAUUCAGUAUGUACGGAUAGGGGUAUAUUUUUCUAUGAUUCGGGCGCGUGCUGGGACGCGUUUUAUUCAUUGUCACUGAAUCAUUUCCAGGGCGCCGCGUGUCUUAAUAUUUUAGUUGUACGUUUAAUUUCCUGUAAUAUAAACCGUACUAACUCGUCUUUGUAUAUCCUAGAGCUCGUCUAAUAUAUAUUUUUAGUUGUUUAUUGUUAUUAUAUAGUACUAAGCAAUAACUCGUACAGAUUGUCCGUACGUUGUAUUCUAAUGUUGUUGAGCGUUGCUAAAACUAAGUCACUUACAUUAGUUUUAUUUAAAAACAUGAAAAUGUAUUUAUUUAUUAAAUAUGAAUUAACAUUCAUGAGGG